AUGAAGCUGGCUUUAGCGGUUAUCCUCUGCGCAGCUGUGAUUGAAAUAAGCUCCUACAGGAUUUAUAGAAAUCCAGGCUAUGGAGUAGGGAGAGGUAGAUAUCCAUAUCCCUACCCAAGACCUGGGUAUCCGGGUUACCCUCCAUACCGGGGUGGUUCUAACGUGGACAAAAGUUACAUGAGGGGUCGGAAUUUUAAAAAUAACAAUUAUGAUAAUGGAGCCAGCGGGGCAGAAGGCCAACAUUUUCACAACUCGGGUACACGCGAGCAUCAUAAUAAGGGCAACCAUCACAGUAAAGUUACUAAGAUAGAAAAGUCUGAACACUCCGGCAGCCAUGACAUAGGCAGCUCUGAAUCAUUCAACACAGGAGGUGGGUCUGGUAGAAACUACAACAACUACAAUAAAGGAGCCAGUGAGGCUGGCAAUGAUUACGACAGAGGACAAUCACACACUGGAGUGUGGUAG